AUCUGUUUACUCUCCGUCAACCAUGGCGGGGGAUACACACCACCAGGGCAUGCUGGACGACGCGUCCUGGCUGCCGUUCACGUCAGACGCGGCCGACUACGACCUCGGCGCGCCAGUCGGCUUCGGGGCGUCGUCCACCGUCUAUGCCGCCGUCUUCAACGUGCCCGGCGCCCUCGACGGCGAAUGGCACCCCUGCGCGAUCAAGGUCUCGUCGGCGAGCAGCGACCUCGGCCAGCUGUCAAGGGAAGCACGGCUACUGGGCCUUUGUCGCCACCAAAACGUGUUGCGAGUCCUGGCAACAUUCACCCUACCGCCCGAUCACACACGAGUCGCCAUUGUCACACCCCUAAUAGAAGGCGGAUCACUCGCCGGAGUCUUGGAAUGGCGGAAACGCAAUGCCGCCGCCGGCAGCUCACGUCACAGCGCCGCACUCGACGAGGAUGAGACCAAGGCCGUGAUACGACAGGUGAUCGACGGCCUAGGCUACCUCCACGCCAACGGCUUCCUCCACCGUGACUUGAAGGCCGGCAACCUGCUCCUCCAGCCCGAUGGCACGGUCCUCCUGGCCGACUUUGGUGUCGGUGGAGACAUGAAUACGCCGCGCACGCCAGCCGAGGAGCGCCCGCCGCCUGUCGACUCAGUGCGCUUUGAUCGCCCGGGCCUGCAUAUUCUUCCGAAGCCGUCCACAGCUGCCCGCCCGGUACUCGUCAAGGAAAUCGGCAAGCGCCAGAGCUUUGUCGGCACACCGUCGUGGAUGGCGCCAGAAGUCAUCCUCGGGCAGCUGUACGAUGCCAAGGCGGACAUGUGGAGCCUCGGCAUCACCAUCAUCGAGCUCGCGCAGGGGUCGCCGCCGCGCAACGGCAAGGUGUCCGACGUGCUCACUGCGACAGCGACGACGGCGCCCCCAAAGCUGGACAAGGCGUUUAGCAAGCAAAUGCGCGAGUUUGUCGACCUGUGCCUGCAGAAGGACCCCGCACUGCGCCCCACGGCUGCCAAGCUCGCCGAGCACCCCUGGCUCCGGGGCGCCAAGAAGCCGUCAUUCCUCGCCGAAUCGCUUCUAGGCGAAUUGCCCGGACUGAGAGAUCGCCAAGAGCUUCGACGCGUACCCACAUCGUCAUCGAUAGUGUCGGGCGCCCCCAGCUGGGACUUUGGAUACUCUGUCCCACCGUCCCCCGUCGCGAGAUUCGGCCCGCCCCUCGUCUCGUCUCCAACCGCAACCUCACCCGAGGGCUUCCCUGGGAUAUCUGGAUACCGGCCCCAGAGCCGAGCGUCAUCCCGCGGCGGAGACUGGAUCUCGUCGUCCCCGAGAAUCAGUCUGCACCAGUGGGCUGAGCGCACAGCCGCCGAGGCCUCGCUGCCCCCGACUCCAGUGGAGACGGGGUACUCGAGCGCGUGGCCGAGCCCGAGACGCACGGGCUCCGACUCGGGCCGGCCUCGGUCCGGGGCUUCCGCCGCCCCGCCGACUGCCGGCGCGGCGGCGGCGCGCAUCAUCCGCCGUGGCAAGUCGGUGUCCUUCAGCGACGGGCUGAACAAUGCGCCGGAUUUCGAGAGCCCGCUGCGCCGGUCGGCCGCGAUGCCGCCCGAGGACGACGCCGUGGUCCUCGAGCAGCCCGAGACGCCGACCCUCGCCUCGAGCCCCGUGAAUGCGAUGCGCCAGCUCGCGCUCGCCGACUCGCCCCAGCCGUCGCGACCGCUCGCGAUCAAUAUCCCCCAGUCGGGCUCGCGCGACCGCACGCCAGUGGGCUCGGUGGAUCACGGGUAUGAAGGCACUGCAGCGCGGCUACUCGAGCGGCAUGACGCGCGCCCACUUGCGAUCAGCAUCCCCCAACCGCAUUCGCGCGAUCGCACGCCGGUCGGGUCGGUCGACCACAGCCAUGAGGGCACCGCUGCGCGUCUGCUGGACCGCCACGACGCGCGGGGGCUGGCAAUUACAAUUCCUCAAUCCGACUCGCGCGACCGCACACCGUCCGGCUCUGUUGACCACAGCCACGACAUCUUCCCUCGCCCCCUCGCCAUCAACAUCCCUCCUAUACCGUCCCGCGACCGUACACCGGCCGGCUCGGUCGACUACAAUCAUGACGUGCCAAUGAUCCGCGUCCCAUCAAAGGAGAAGCAUGGCUGGCUUCACCGCUCCAAGUCGGAGAAGAAGAAGGACCAGCCCAAAGAACCCAAGGAAGGCUUCACUGCCAUCGUUGGCAGUGUCUUCUCACACCGCCGCAAGCGCUCGUAG